UCAUGAAACGUAAGUAAAACGGCACCGUACAACAAAAAUGGCGAGCGAGCUGCUCUUUCCGACGGACGGACAAAAUGAAGAUUCUAGCGAGAAGAGUAGAAACGAGGAACUUUUUGUGUUUGGCUAUCACUGCAAACUUUUCAGAGACGAUGAGCAAGCUAAUAUGGUGGACUCUGGAACCUACAUGAUCCCAUGGAUGGGGGAUGAAAAGCUGAAGAUAGACAGGUAUGAUGGGCGAGGUCACUUAUAUGACCUGCGACCUUAUGAUGCAGACAACUUGAAGGGGUUACCUGCACCUGUUCUGACUGAAGAUGAGAAACAUGUUGAGCAACUUUGUGACGAGGAACGUUAUCUUGAACUCCACACUGAUAUUGCUGAGAAAAAUAUGUAUGAAGAGGAGGAGUGGAAGAGGUAUUACGAGUCUUUGUCAGAAGGAUAUCAAGCUGUAGGCUUCAGUUAUGAUGCGUUUGGCCAGCCACAGGCUCAACCAGUUUCAGAAGAAGCCAAACCAAAUCCAGAAGAGGCUGUUUUUGUUCCACCUAAAGAAUUACAAGUACCUGUAGGGGUUGCUAUACCGGCAACUAUCAAAGAGAAUGCCAUCAUAGAGAAGACGGCCAAGUUUAUUGCCGAACACGGAACACAGAUGGAGAUUGUUAUGAAGACAAAGCAAGCCAAAAACCCACAGUUCAUGUUUAUGCACUUUGAAAACGUCCUUCAUCCCUACUAUAAACAUCUCAUUAAAAUGAUAAAGACUAAGAAAUAUAUCCCAAAGUCACCUGUAAAGGAGGAGCCUGAUUAUCACAAUGACAGUGGAGAAGGUGAUGACGGAGGUCAUGGUUACCUACAUCCAACAUUAAUGACAACAAAUAGAGCUUCACCUGUACCCCAGGAGGUAUAUAAGCCUGUACCAAUGCCAAAAGUUUCCAUACAUGAGACAUCAUAUGGUCAGCUACUUCAGUCAAUGUCAAAGGUCAACAAGGAAGUAGAAGAUAAGAAAAGAGAAAGGGAAGGCAGGAUGAAGAAAACGAUCAAGUCUGAGCCCGAGGAAUCCUCACUACCAGCAUGUGUGGCACAGCCUGUUUAUGGGUCCUCAAUGCCUCCUCCUCCAGGUAUUGAACCUGUCCAGUUACCCAAAGCCAAUGGAGACCAGACCAGUUCAAAACAGAUUAAAGAGGAGCCGGGAGAUGGCUCCUCUCACAGAUCAACUUCCCCUCCCCCACAGAUAGUCCCGCCCCCUCCAGAUGUCCAGCCAAUCAUCGAUAGGAUGGCAAUGUAUGUUGCGAAGAAUGGGGAGGAGUUUUCCAUUGUUGUUAAGUCAAAGAAAGAUCAAAGAUUCCAGUUUUUGGAGUCAUGGCACACACAUUAUCCUUACUAUGAUUUUAAAAGACAUCUGUUCCAAGAAGAGAUAGAGAGAGAAAGAAAGAUAAAGGAGGUGGAAGAGAGUAAAAGAGAACAAGAAAAGGCAGAAGUUUUAGCCAAAGGAGUCAAAUUUAAGCUAAAGAAAGCUAUUAAAGAACAAGACUCUACAACUAUAGAGAAGAAACCAGUGUUUGAAUAUGAUGAGUCAGAUGAUGAAAAUGGUGAUUCGGACAGUACUCGAGAAGCAAAGCGAUCCAAGUCAAACAAUGCCUCUGGCACAAGUACCCCAGUGCGUGACAUCUCCACAGAUUCUAGAAGUGCUGAACAACUUGAAAGGAAACUUGCUGAGCAGCGUUUAAAAGAUAGGUUAGCAGCAUCAGCCCGGGAGAAACUGUCACAAGUCGACAAAGAGAAACAGAUUAAAGCCGAACGUAAGAAGAAGGCAGCUAUGUUUAUUAAUCUGCUAAAGUCUCAAACUGAUACAGCCACUGAGGAAGAUAAAACAACAGUACCCAAUCAAGCAACACCAGCUAUCAGUGAAAGAAGCUCACCUGUUAAGAUGGAGGAGGAGAAAUCUUCACACCACAAGUCUAAACACAGGUCAAGAGACAAACGGUCAAGGUCAAGAGACAGAAGUUCAAGAUCACGGAGAUCAAGAUCUAGGUCAAGGUCAAAGAAGAAGAAAAGAAAUAGAUCACCUACUCCCCCAAGCGCUUACAAUGUCUCGAGAAGGUCUCCACUAAGAUUUCCUCCACCACCUCCCCCUCCUAGAUAUAUGGACCUCGGUAGAAGUAGAUACUCCAGAUCACCUUCAAAAGGGGGAAGUUCAAGACGAAGGUCAAGGUCAAAGGACAGAAGCACAAGACAAAGGUCACGCUCAAGGUCACCAUCCAAGUCAAAAUCGAAAAAAAAGAAAAGGUCAAGGUCACCAAAGUCAAAGAAAGAACAUUCUAGUCAUAAAAAAAGUUCUAAGAAAAAGAAGAAAAGAUCUAGAUCUAGGUCUAGAGAGAAUAAAGAAAUUGGGCCUGCAGAUAUGCCAAUUAUUAUUGAAGACGAAGUUACUGAACCUGAAGUUACAGAUCCAAGAGUUAGCUCCCCUGCUGGUAUAGAGGAAGAAUGCAUGGAUACACUAGAGGAAGGCGAGACAAGGGACAGUACUCCAGAGCCGGGUCAAAUUAGUGAUACAGAUACAGCAGGCAAGGAAUCUCCAUCCAGAUCUCCACAGAGGCCUCCUGAUAUUGACCCUGAAGUGACCUCAAGGUCGUCUGAACAAUCGCCUCGCAAACGCAAACAUAGUAGAUCCGUCUCUGUCAGCAGUAGCGGCUCAUUUACACCUCGAAGGUCAAGAUCUAGGUCAUUGUCUCCAGAAACUAGGUCAGUGGCAUCAAAAUCUAACUCCCCUACAAGGUCAAAAUCUAGAUCAAGGUCAAGAUCGAGCUCAAGAUUUGUCCAAUCUCCAGCAAAAAGUCAUUUAACCCCCUUGAGAAAUGACAGUAUGUCAAGGGAAGGAACUCCGGGACCAGGGGACUUGGCGUCUGGAGAACCAAGUUUGAUAGGAGGGGAGACAACUGGACCGCCAGUAGAACCAAGCUCAUCAACUGGGGACGUGAAUGGAGGUGGAGAUACAGAAAAUACACAAAAUCAGAAAAAUGUUUCUUCAUAUAUGUUGAAUCGUGUUCGUGCAAUUAUAAAGGCUAGUAGGGAGGCUAUAAGAAAAGAAGAUGACAUAUUUAUGGAUGAUUCCUGACCAAUGCAGCAUAUUUAUUUUAUAUAUUGAAAAAAAUUGUUUUAUAUUAAAGCAUGUAUUGUUGUCUGUAGGUUAACUGCUUUUGUUAAUGGAUCAUAAAGACAUACGGUAAAUAAGAAUACGUUUCGCUGAUUAAAAAGAAAA